AUGAUCACAGCUCUGAAGGGGGCUCUGUCUGGGUCUCUGGAGGCUGUAAUUCUGGGACUGAUGAAGAGUACGGCUCAGUACGACGCCUCUGAGAUCAAAGGAUCCAUCAAGGGUCUAGGGACCGAUGAGGAGACUCUGAUAGAGAUGGUCUGUUCCCGCAGCGCUGAAGAACUGGUGGAAAUCAAACGCGUCUACAAGGAGUUGUUUAAGAAGGAGCUGGAGAAGGACGUGGCUGGAGACACAUCAGGAGACUUCAGGAGUCUGCUGUUGGCCCUGGUACAGGUAGGAGACACAUCAGGAGACUUCAGGAGUCUGCUGUUGGCCCUGGUACAGGUAGGAGACACAUCAGGAGACUUCAGGAGUCUGCUGUUGGCCCUGGUACAGGUAGGAGACACAUCAGGAGACUUCAGGAGUCUGCUGUUGGCCCUGGUACAGGUAGGAGACACAUCAGGAGACUUCAGGAGUCUGCUGUUGGCCCUGGUACAGGUAGGAGACACAUCAGGAGACUUCAGGAGUCUGCUGUUGGCCCUGGUACAGGUAGGAGACACAUCAGGAGACUUCAGGAGUCUGCUGUUGGCCCUGGUACAGGUAGGAGACACAUCAGGAGACUUCAGGAGUCUGCUGUUGGCCCUGGUACAGGUAGGAGACACAUCAGGAGACUUCAGGAGUCUGCUGUUGGCCCUGGUACAGGUAGGAGACACAUCAGGAGACUUCAGGAGUCUGCUGUUGGCCCUGGUACAGGUAGGAGACACAUCAGGAGACUUCAGGAGUCUGCUGUUGGCCCUGGUACAGGUAGGAGACACAUCAGGAGACUUCAGGAGUCUGCUGUUGGCCCUGGUACAGGUAGGAGACACAUCAGGAGACUUCAGGAGUCUGCUGUUGGCCCUGGUACAGGUAGGAGACACAUCAGGAGACUUCAGGAGUCUGCUGUUGGCCCUGGUACAGGUAGGAGACACAUCAGGAGACUUCAGGAGUCUGCUGUUGGCCCUGGUACAGGUAGGAGACACAUCAGGAGACUUCAGGAGUCUGCUGUUGGCCCUGGUACAGGUAGGAGACACAUCAGGAGACUUCAGGAGUCUGCUGUUGGCCCUGGUACAGGUAGGAGACACAUCAGGAGACUUCAGGAGUCUGCUGUUGGCCCUGGUACAGGUAGGAGACACAUCAGGAGACUUCAGGAGUCUGCUGUUGGCCCUGGUACAGGUAGGAGACACAUCAGGAGACUUCAGGAGUCUGCUGUUGGCCCUGGUACAGGCAAAGAGAGAUGAGCCCUCAAAUAUUGUUGACUACGAGAAGAUCGACCAGGAUGCCAGAGCUCUGUAUGAGGCUGGAGUGAAGAGGAAAGGGACUGACGUGGCUACAUGGAUCACCAUCAUGUCAGAGAGAAGUGUCCCCCACCUACAGAAAGUGUUUGACAGGUACAAGAGCUACAGUCCAUACGACAUGCAGGAGAGUAUCAGGAAGGAGGUGAAGGGAGACCUGGAGAAGUCCUUCCUGACACUGGUGGAGUGCUUUGAGAACAAACAACAGUACUUUGCUAACAGACUGGGCGAAGCCAUGAAGGGUAAAAGUGCCAAGGAGAAGGUGGUGACCAGGAUCGUCGUGUCUCGCUGUGAGGUGGACCUCAUGAAGAUCAGGACAGAGUUUAAGAAACUGAACCAGAAGUCCUUGUACCAGACCAUCGCUGAGCACACUAAAGGAGACUAUCAGAAGGUCCUGCUGAGUCUGUGUGGAGGAGACGACUAAAGUCCAACUGGCACCAACUGUCACCUUGCCCCAAAACCAAUGCCUUGUUCCUAUUUUGAUUCAGUCUAGUGACACAGACAUUGAGAACCGGUGCCUUUAUCCACAACACCCAGUAGCAUUAGAGUCAUCAUUACUCAGAUUGCAUCACCUUUCUGUGAAUUAUGAGAUAUCCAACGGAAGAAUUGAGAGUAAAUGUUUUUUAUGCAAUGUUUUUUGAAAUUAAAUCAUUUUUUUGUUAAAUAGUUUCCUUUCUUAUUUUAUUUUAUCUUACAAUAUUACAGAGCUGUUGUCUUUAGGACAUUUCUCCCCAAGUAAAGUCAGACAUUUUGAAUGGUAAUGGUCGACGUUUGAUCCAGCUAGUGUAUGUCCUUAUAUCGCCACUAGAGGGCGUUAGAGCGCCAUACAGUCCUGCUUCCUCCUGGCCUUGUUUCCAUGGAAGAGAGGUUGCUUUGAUUUCACUCUAAUGCUCUAAUAUCUUUAUCUAAUAUCUUUAAAAUCAGAUGGGAAUAUUGAGUGGAGCUUCACAAUGCUGUUUAAAAAACCUUUUGAUACUUGGGGGGCGGGGGGGGGGUAAUUUUUCAAGACAAGCAAACCAAGUUUUUGAGUGAAUUAUAUAAAACAAAUUGUUUGAUGUUGUCAGUCAGUUUAAAAUUGUAAUCUAUUAGGAGUUCUCCCUCACUGUGGACAAUAAUCACAUUUUCAAAACUGGAACUUUGUCUAGAAAAUAUUGGUUCAUAAUUGCGACCCAAUAGACGACAGAAGCCAUACAGUAUAUUUGUGUUUAUGUAUCUAUAAACUCCGGCGAAUUCAUAAUAAAUCACAAUUGAUUCCA